AUGCCUUCUCAGCAGCAGCAGCAGUGCCAGCCCCAGAAGGCCCAGCAGCAGCAGGUGAAGCAGCCUUGUCAGCCAUCCCCUGUCAAAUAUCAAGAAACGUGUGCACCCUAAACCAAGGAUCCACGUGCUCACCAGGCCAAGAAGCAAUGCCCACCCAAGGCCACAGCCAUCUCGGCCCACCAGAAGUGUCCCUCAGCCCAGCAAGCCCCAAAGAGUAAACAGAAGUAG